ACCUCAUAUUUGGUUCAAUAAGAAAAGAUUAUAUUCUGUCUGUAUCCAUAAUUCAAAAUAGAUGGAUACAUACCACAUAUAUAUAGUAUAUAUAAUACUAUCUUAUAGAUUAUAUUAUACAUAUAAUAGUAUUUCAUAUAAGAUAGUAUUAUUACACCUAUAUUAUACUUAGACAUAUAUUUGCCUAUUUAUAGCAUAUUUGGCAUGCAAUUUUGAAUACUUGAACGGUCGAUUCUUUAUUCUUUUGUUUUCGUAUUAGCUCUUAUCUUUAUUAUUAUGUAUUAAUAUUCAAUUAUUCUAUUAAGAAAAUUAGAAUUUAAUAAGUUAUACUUAGGAAAAUCAACUAGGAAAAAAAAAAGAAGUUUGAAUUUCAAAUGUCAUUUGAAUAAAAAAAAACUUACUAUCUAAAUAUUAGAAGAGUUAAGAAUGAACAGUUAAUAGCUAAGAUCCCAGUAGUUUACUAAAGUCCUAUGUGUAUUCCAAUUAUGUUAUACGAUCCCGCUUAGCUCAGAGGUUAGAGCAUCGCAUUUGUAAUGCGAUGGUCAUCGGUUCGACUCCGAUAGCUAGCUUUUCUCCAUAUGUUUGAUUUUUCUUUUUUACAUAGUUUUUACUUUACAUAGUUGGUAAUGUGAAAUCAAAGAAAUUGAAAAGGCUUAUUCCUCUUUUAAAAAAAGGUACUCAUCUUCAUCUAUUAGCUCAUAAGGACUUCCAAUUAUUUAAAAUAAUAGAAUAGGAGGAGUUCGAUUUAUGUAGACCAAAUCAAUUAACAAAAGAACUUUCAUUUUUUAUUUUUAUAGAUUUUAUAAAUUCUAUAUUAUAUAUAGAUAAUAAUAUAGAAUAUUAAGUUAAGGCCGGGAUAUUGAUUACCAUUCAUCCAAUUAUUCUUUUGAAUUACAUAUAGAUAGGUUUAUGAAAUUUUAUAAGGAGUCUUUAUGUCGCGUUACAGAGGGCCUCGUUUCAAAAAAAUACGUCGUCUGGGGGCUUUACCGGGAUUAACUAGUAAAAAGCCUGGAGCUGUCAGUGAUCUUCGAAACCAAUUACGCCCCGGUAAAAAAUCUCAAUAUCGUAUUCGUUUAGAAGAAAAACAAAAAUUGCGCUUUCAUUAUGGUCUUACAGAAGAACAAUUACUUAAAUACGUCCAUAUCGCCAGAAAAGCAAAAGGGUCAACAGGUCAGGUUUUACUACAAUUACUUGAAAUGCGGUUAGAUAACAUCCUUUUUAGAUUAGGUAUGGCUUCGACUAUUUCUCAAUCCUGCCGAUUUGUUAACCAUAGACAUAUUUUAGUUAAUAAUCGUAUGGUAGAUAUACCAAGUUAUCGCUGCAAACCCCGAGAUAUUAUUACAGUGAGAGAUGAACAAAAAAAAUCUAAGUCUCUGGUUCAAAAUUAUCUUGAUUCAUUUGUCCGUGAGGAAUUGCCAAAACAUUUGACUCUUCACCCAUUCCAAUAUCAAGGAUCGGUCAAUCAAAUAAUAGAUAGUAAAUGGGUCGAUUUGAAAAUAAAUGAAUUGCUUGUUGUCGAAUAUUAUUCUCGUCAGACUUAAACCUAACUAGGGGGAUUUUCAUUCCUUGUCCAUUACUUUCCAGUAUUUUCCAU